AUGAAAGGUGAAUGUGCCCAGUCACAGACUGAAUCCUCGGGAAGACACUACCAGGGACGAGUGUUGAAAGAGACCACAGGAACUUCUGUCUGCCCCUGCUUGGGCAGCAAGAUGGCUUCUGCCAGCAGGGUUGUGCAGGUAGUGAAGCCACAUGCUCCAUUAGUAAGGUUCCCUGACAGAAGAGACAAUCCUAAACUCAGUGCCUCAGACGUUUUGAGGUCUGCUGGGCUACCCUCUCACUCUUAUGUAAUUCCACAGCAUUCUAAAGGAAGCAUAUCCCCAGAUCUGCUGAUGCAUCCGGAGUCACCAGACACUGCAGAAAUACUAAAAAUAUUACCUCAGAAAUACAGAAGGAAACCUCAAGAAGAAAUGAACUUUAUCCAGCGCGGAGGUCCAGAAUGA